CCUUCUUUCAGAAAGAGUGAGGAACUUCAGGAGCUGCUAGAGAUGACGAUGGGUAACUGGCUGGGAGAAGCAAGGAGACGUGAAAGAGGGCAGGCUGCAAGACUCAGAAGAUGAGGUUGAGGUCAGAUGGUGAUGAAUUAUCAGAAGCUGCUGGUGUGGAGGCCAGUAGCCCACCCCAUAGCUUUUUUACUUUCUUACCAUGGCAGUGGCAGUUCUGCUGUUGAUGAAAUACAAGUUGUAAAGCUAAUGGUCUGGACAAGAAGUUCCAGAUGCUGCUAGGUGUUCAAUGGUAGCACUUGUCCGUACCACAGCAAAAAGGCUUUGCCUCAAGUUACUCCUGAAAUCGAGGAAUACUUUACGUUCCCCUCAGCUGUUAGGUGUUUUCCAGGGGUACGGCUCCAUUACAACCGGGAAACUGGCGUCUCACAGCUUUGCUUCCAUGGCAGCAAUGUCAUCUUUUCCCCCACAGAGGUAUCAUAAUUUCCUAGUGUUGGAUUUUGAAGCCACAUGUGACAAGCCACAGAUCCAUCCCCAGGAGAUCAUUGAGUUCCCUAUCCUGAAGCUAAAUGGCAGGACAAUGGAAAUCGAAUCCACCUUCCACAUGUAUGUGCAGCCGGUGGUCCACCCACAGCUCACACCAUUCUGCACAGAGCUGACUGGCAUAAUUCAAGCCAUGGUGGAUGGACAGCCCAGUCUCCAGCAAGUGCUUGUGAGGGUUGAGGAGUGGAUGGCAAAGGAAGGCCUCUUGGAUCCCAGUGUCAAGUCGAUUUUUGUAACCUGUGGGGACUGGGACCUGAAAGUAAUGUUACCUGGACAAUGCCAGUACUUAGGGCUUCCAGUUGCUGAUUACUUCAAACAGUGGAUUAAUCUCAAAAAGGCAUACAGCUUUGCGAUGGGAAGCUGGCCAAAGAACGGACUCUUAGACAUGAACAAAGGCCUGAACCUACAACACAUAGGAAGGCCUCACAGUGGGAUAGAUGACUGCAAGAACAUUGCCAACAUCAUGAAGACAUUGGCCCACAGAGGGUUCAUCUUCAAGCAGACUUCCAAGCCCUUUUGAUCUCCGGGGCCGGCCGGACAGGGCUGCAUGCGGCCGGCUCCUGCUACAUGGGCGUGAUGGGCUGGAGCGUUCAAUUGACAGGAAGAGGACAGAGGAACGAGCAACCCCACGACUCCAUCAGUUUUGCUGUUCUGCCAGUAGAGGCUGUAUAUAUGGAACUGGAAUCUCUGUGUAGGCCUGACGUGACUCCCUCUCUGGGGCCAGCUGCCUGCCCAGCCUGGCCCAGCCUGCAGCCCCCGAGGGUGCUUGCUCCACAUGGUUAGAGACGUAGAUUGUUUUCCCUUUUGUUGGCUUCUGAUUUCCAUUGGCGUCUCUCUCUUUCUCUCUCUCUCUGCUCCCAUUUGCGCCUGUAGCAAGACUGUGGCGCCAUGUUUGGGGCACAUGCCCAUAUUAUUUUGAGUACAGUAUCUCAACAGCUGCGUCAAGCCCUUUUCUGUGUGAAUCUGUUACUGUGUCUCCUGCGUGUCAGCUAAAUAUUGACUGAGCAGCAUCCAGACAGCCCCCUCUUUCUUCGGCAGCCCCCCCCCCAUUUUAAAUGAACACUAACCCUGCAAUUCCUCCUGUAUGUGAAUAAGGAAGCUUGGCUCUUUCUGUUCAAGGUAAAGUGCCUGUAUUCUCUGCCCACCAAGAGCUACCUAUCUCUCUGGGGCUUCAUUCAGUAGGGACCGCAGCUCAUCAUCAUGUACAACAGCUCUUGUGCCCUGGUCCCUUGCUCAUGCCUCCUCAGAGUGUGGGGGACCCUGCUGUGCGCCUCCCCUGUGCUUGCACAGCAUGCAGUUCAGUCCGUUCAGGCAGUGGGCAUGCCCAUUACUGGUAGCCCAGUCUCCGUAUGCUGCGAGGACCUGCAAAGUCACUGAAAAUUCUGUCCUUCCCCUUUACUAAACCAACCACCUCUACCUUCCACAGAAACUGUAACCAGUUUGUUGCUUGCGAGAGAUGUGGCCUAUUUUCCCCAUGUUUCCCCUCACCCUGGACCAGUGUGGAAGGAAGGAGAUAAGGAAUGGCUCUCCCUUCACUGUACUCUCAGUGCUUUCUGGAGAAAUUCUGCCCUAACGCUAGCCUUUGCUGAAUGGAUCCCCAGGUAGACAGGCUCCAGCUGCCACCUACCUUGAAGCCACACCAAGAGGGCUUUGCCCAUGCAGCAGUAGGCUGUGAGCUGAUACAGGCACUGGGCCUUCCCAGUAAAUAAUGCAUGGUGUGUGGAUGUUCCAGCUGAACCCAACCUGACCUCCUCAUUGGCUCGUUACUCCCAUCCUUGCUGUAAAUGUGCCACAUGAAUAAAGUUUGGGGGAAAGGAA